CUUGGUUGAAUCUUGUUGAAGGUCAGGUUCUACGAAUCACUUCAGGAUGUCCUUCAGUGAUCAGCAGUACAAGCAGCCAUGUGUGCCCCCAUCGUGCCUUCAAAAGGCCCAAGAGCAGUGCCAGGCCCAGACUGAGGAAGUGUGCAUCCCCCAGCACCAGGAUCCCUGCCAGGAGAAGGGCUUAGGACAAGCUCAAGAGGUAUGUCUUUCUCAGUGCCCAGAGUCAAGCCGAGAAAACUGCCCACAGCAAGUCCAAGAUCCAUGCCAAGACCCAUGUCCACCUCAGUGUGUGGAGCCAUGCCAGGAGCCAGCCCAAACAAAAUGUGCGGAACUGAGCCCACAGAAAGCCCAGGAGAAGUGUUCACCCACUGGCGAGGGGAAGUAG